AUGACUUCCAAACAUAAUUCGAGAUGGAAUUUUCUACAGCAGGCUGUUGCUUCUGUCGAGUCAAGAUUAGACAAUAUACUUGCCGAUGAUUAUGAGCCUUCUAAAAGAAGUAGUACACCUGUGCAAUCUUCCAGAGACUCUGCUCCUUCCAAGCGAAUCUCGGCCGAUCUCUCGCGAAGUAAUAGCAAUGCUUCUGCCUCCAAUGAUCGACUUCAGGAACGUCUCGCGCGGGCGAUGGCGAAGAAGACUGUCAGUCGUACAGAAAGCCCAGUUCCAGACCAGCCCACACCCGCCUCCAAAGAUGAUGUGUCUGGCUCGACCAUUGAUAUUGACAAUGUGGACGAGGAUUCUGACGUUCCUUUGCCUCGAAAAUCAAAUGAGGUGGAUGACGAGACACUCGUGGAUAAUCGCAAGCCCGCCGGGAAUGACGGACCUGUGCGAGGGAUGAUGGGUGGUACUGCCGAUGAAGAAAUGCAAAGAUCAACAUUAGCUUCCACUGCGCCACGACAUGUCGAAUCUGCACGAGCCUCUACGGAUGCCUUGGUGGAUAGCCAGAUAUUUUCGAGUCGGCCGUCUGACGGUGUAUCAAGAAGUAGCGAAGACACGGCUUCAAGAUCCGGUGCAGAAUCAACCAUCAAGAUGCAAGAAGAAAUCAAUACGUAUAUCGAACGCAUUGAUGCGCUCCAAGCAAAACUCCAAUAUCUAAGCGAGGAAGCUGUAGAAUCAGCAAAACAAGCCGCAGCUUCCGCAAUUCCAGGGAGCCUGGAGAAGAAGAUCUUUGAGAAGGAUGAAAAAAUCGCCCUUCUUAUGGAGGAAGGCCAAAAAUUAUCGAAAAGCGAAAUGACUCACCUGACUACCAUCAAGAAGAUGCGAGCUCAAGCAAUAGCCAUCAAUAAAGAACAAGAAGCAACCAAACUUCGGGCUGAGAAGGCUGAACGCUCCUUGAAGGCUAUGGAAGAUCGGGCCAGGAAGGCCGAAGCAGCAACUAAACGGGUAGAGCAGAAUCUUGCGUCUACUGUGACAGGCGCCAGUGACUUUGAAGCGGUGAGAAAGGAGCGAGAUGCGUUAAACGCAACCUUGGCGGAUAUGAAGUCACAAUUAUCGAGGGCUAACUCAAGAGCCGAAGCAGCGGAGAUCAAAGCGCAAUCGGAUCAAAUAGAAAAGGAGCGGAAAAGAGCUGCUGAGUUACAGGAUGACUUGACAAGCGCCAAAGUCGAGAAGGAAAUAUUGGAGGAGAAGUUGAGGAGAGAGAUCAAGGACCUGCAAGCCUCUUUGGAGAGAGAAAGAGAGCAAUCACGCGCCAUGGAAAGUGAAAUUUUGGGUGAGCAGGCUGUCCUUGAAAGCAAGCUUGAAUCCUUUCGCGUUCGAGCUGAAGAGGCUUCUUCUGCCGAUCAUGGUCAUUUACAAGCCAAACUCCUUCGACAGAUUGAGACUUUGCAGAGUCAGUAUGCCACCGCAAGCCAAAAUUGGCAAGGAAUUGAAAGUACUCUGCUCGGCAGAAUUACGAAUCUUGAAAAUGAGCGUGACGAAGUUGUGGCGAGAGAAACAGAUCUUCGGAAGAAGUUGCGAGAUACCAGCGUCAAACUGAAAGCGAAGGAGAGAGAGUUGGACAGCAUACAGAGCAAAUAUGCAGAAACGGACAAAUCUCUGGCCGAUGCGAAUGAAGAAAUGCACCGACUCAAUCGAAAAGCCACUCAGCUUGAAACGGACCUCGCCAAUGCGUUGAAAGACUUGGAGGAUCAGAAAACGAAGGCAGAGCGAGAAUUGCAGCGCAAGAUUGACGAAGAAAAGGCCAAAUGGACGGCAACCUUGCACAUUCAACGAACCGAGUCCCCUGGAACGUCAAUUCGCAAGAAUUCUAAUAUAGGUUUCGAUCUCCACCAUUUGAUGAGCCCCGUUCAAUACGAAAGGGCGAGCAGCCGAAAAUCUUCUAUGAUGCCCACUUUCGACUCGAAUACGCCUCCUCGUCAACAAUCAACCGCCUCAUUCAGAGGCCUGGCAAACGGUUCCAUCGCGGAAACACCUUCUGUUGUGACGUCAAUGGAUGCAGAUGAGUAUUUUGCCAAUGUUCCGCCCCCCCCUGGGUCUGCAAGCCAUCACUCUCAUCGUGGCGUCAACGACCUCAUAUCCACGUCGACUGUUGGCGCUGGUCCUUCGGUUCAAUUGGUUGAACGGAUGUCUGCCAAUGUCCGGAGGCUGGAGAGUGAGAAAGCCGCUUCGAAAGAUGAGCUUCUUCGUAUCACCAGCCAACGCGACGAAGCAAGACAAGAGGUUGUGAGUUUGAUGCGUGAGGUGGAGGAAAAGCGCAGGAUCGAGGCUCGCCUUAAUGCGCUCGAGAAAGACCAUGAAAGUCUGUCUCAGCGGCACCAAACCACUCUUGAGCUUCUUGGUGAGAAGAGUGAGCAAGUAGAAGAGCUCAAGGCGGAUAUCGUGGACGUGAAGCAGAUGUAUCGACAAUUGGCAGAUACCAUGAAAUAA